AUGAAGUUUUUGUGGACCCUUGACGAUUUUCAGUUGCAAUUAUUGAGUUGUAAUGCAGAGCAAGCUAGUAAAUGCUAUUCCCAAUAUUUUGAUGGUACAUUGUGGCCUCCUACCUACAGAAACGUAACUAUAACUGGCCGAAGAACAGAAAGUUGUAUUAAUUAUUACAAGUGCGAUAAGAUAAACGACUGUCGUAAUCAAGAAGGCUUACAAAUGCACCUUAGUGGUUACGUGCAGAGAACUUGCUUACCGGUAAACGAUCAGGCUAAAUGGGAUACCGUAGAUCCAUGCAAUUGCCACUCGCAAGUCCUGAACGAUGUUGUCAGUAGGAUGGAUUCACCAUUUGCGUAUGACUACACGCUGUACUAUCUGGGUGUGCUAUCGAGUUUUAUCCGCCAUCAUUUUAAUGAUGUUGCUGAUUUUAAUAUACCUAUUAAAGGAUUUGAGCUAUUAUAUCAAUCCAGGCUUAAUCAAACUGAAACCAGUAAUAAGAAUUUCACGAUAUUUAGUUGUUGCCUAGCUUACGGUGGUAUCAAAAUGGUCAGGCACAUGGUUGCUAAUAAACACUGUCCGGUGCCGGAGACGUCAAUGGAUCGGCUUAAGAAUACGGUUCAUACCUUAUUAGCUGCUCUAGUAGGCAAAGCACAUACUGAGAUUUCUCAAGAUCCAAAUUACAAGAUUGAUGAAAAUAAUCUUCAUAUCGAGGAUAUUAUCCAUGGUAUUACUAUUGCUUUAACGGGUCAGAAAGAGCCUUGUCCACUUAUUGGCUCGACUGUUCCACCAGCUAAUCGAACAAGUAUCCUUAUAUUUAAUAAUCCAAUUCCCUUUACUUUCAGUGAUUUAGGAGGUGCUGGUUAUCAGGAGCAAAAUGGAAGUAAUAAUACCCUAACUGGAUCUGGUGCUGAUCGAGAAGCUUUGCGCCUCCUUGGGCUUAUUACAAGCUGUGUCUCUUUACUUUGUAUAGCAUUAACAUUAGUGGCUUAUGCAGUUUUGCACCUACCACCCUCCAAGAAAUGGAUGAUUCACACUAACCUUGUCAUUGCAAUUGCUCUAACUAACAUCAUGGUGGUCUUUAUUAUGCCUUACGUUCCAGCAGAGUCAGAUUCGCCGCUAUGUAUCGCAAAAGCAAUUAUGUUACAAUAUGUAGCCACUGCUUGCUUUACUUGGAUGUUAGUAGAAGGGAUCCAUAUGUAUCGUCUACUAAUUACUGUUUUCACUCAAGAUAGUCGUCUUUGGACCCUAUUCUACUUUGGUCUAGGAUGGUUGCUGCCAGCUGUUCCCGUUGCUUUAACUCCAAUCAUUAGCCCACAUGCUUAUAACAAUUCCGAUAUAGCAAUCGGAUCCGGAUUUUGUUGGUUAAGAUCUGAUCAUAUUUGGUAUUUCCUUGGUCCUGCUGCCGGAGUUGUUGGAGUCAAUAUCUUUAUAUUGGCGGUUGUUCUUCAUGCUAUCCAUAAGCGAUUAUCGACUCGAAUGACUUAUGCUAAGAAAGGUGAAAGUGAAAUUAUGGAUAAGACCAAGACGCUUAGACAAGAUUUAUGGCGUGCUAUGUCAUUGAUGCCUUUACUUGGCUUAACUUGGGUUUUGAUCUUUGUCCGAUUUGUUAACGUGGCUGCUAUUGACUAUAUCUUCACCGCCUUAAUUGGGCUUCAAGGCUUCUUUUUCUUUGUAUUUCACUGUCUGUUGGAUAGACAAGUUAUUGCAACAUAUUACAAGCGCAGUGCCAGCCGAUCCAGUACUCGAAGUGGCAAAUCGAACAAAUCGACAAGCUUGCAUAUGUCACUAUUCUCCCGAUCUAGACAUAGUACCUCUGGAAGCCAAAUUAUUUUACCAAAUGCGAUGUCAACUGAUAGUUUCUCUGAUAGAUCAAAGAAGCAAACUUGGUUAUUUCCUGAUUAUGGCUCUAAAAAUAUGAACUUAUGUAUGACAACUGGGAAAAUAAUUCAAGAUAGUGUGACUGACCUAAUCCAGGAAAAGUGA